AUGGGGCCCAUGCUCCUGAGUGCCUGGCUGCUGGUGGGGAGUGCCCUCCUGUCUCCUGAGCACCACUCGCCCUCGGGGAGGCAAGGGGUCGGCCCCCCGCAGGAACAGCAUGGUCCGGGGCCCAAGGCGGCACGCGGAAAGCCCCACGGGCCGAAGGAGGACUUGGCCACAAAGGGCAAUUGUGGAAGGGCUCCCCUUAGGCAUAUGUUGGAAGGGUCUCGGAUUAUAGGGGGCGCAGAAGCUCAAGUCGGCGCUUGGCCAUGGAUAGUUAGCCUGCAGAUUCAAAGUGGCAAUCUCCUUGCUCAUAUAUGUGGGGGAAGCCUAGUGAGAGACAGGUGGGUCCUCACAGCUGCCCACUGCACUAACGAUGCUAGAGACCCUUUAAUGUGGAGAGCGGUGAUUGGAACCAAUGAUAUAUACAUGAACAGUCCACACAGCAAGAAGAUAAAAAUUACAGCAAUCAUUAUCCAUCCAGACUUCAUUAUGGAUACUUUCGUGAAUGAUAUUGCACUUUUUCACUUAAAAAAAGCUGUGAAGUAUAAUGACUAUAUUCAACCUAUUUGUCUACCUUUUGGUAUUUUCCAAAAACUAGAUCAGAACACAAAAUGUUUUAUAAGUGGCUGGGGAAGAACAAAAGAAGAAGGUAACGGAACCCAUGUUUUACAGGAAGCAGAAGUACAUUAUAUUUCUCGAAACUUAUGUAAUUCUGAGAGUGGUUAUGCAGGUGUGAUUCCUCAAACUUCCUUUUGUGCAGGUGAUGAAGAUGGAGCCUUUGACACUUGCAGGGGUGAUAGCGGUGGACCAUUAAUGUGCUACUUACCAGAAUACAAGAGGUUUUUUGUCAUGGGAAUUACCAGUUAUGGACAUGGCUGUGGCCGAAGAUAUUUUCCUGGUAUCUACUGUGGGCCAUCCUUCUACCAACAGUGGCUGACACACCAGUUCUCCCAGGCAAGCACUAAAGACACCUUUCAGAUCCUUGUUCUAUUAGGAUCUAUCAUCUUUCUAGCAGCAACAUGA